AUGCCUGAGUCGAUCAAGGACCUCCCCUCCGACGUCUUCCAGGAAAUGCUCAACAGAAUGUCUUAUUCUCCUAUAGCUAGUGACAGGGCCGUCAUCAACUGCCUUUUGACCUGUUCGCUGUGGCGCCUUAUUGGAGAAUCGAUCUUAUACUCCAAUGUCUCGUUGAUCGACGCCCAGCUUGUCAAAUUCUGUAAAUGGCCAAACCAUGCUACAAAAUGGACGAAGACCGUGACAAUCGGAAUCGAACCAGCCUAUUACUAG